GGCACUCUUGUCUACUAUGUAUAAAUCACGACAGAGAAGAACAGAACAGGGCACCACUCGCAUGAAGAGAACCGAGAGGAAGAAAUGAGGAGCAAUAUUAUUCCUUGUUUCUCUCUCCUCUUUCUCUUGGUAGUCUCAUUGCUCCCUUCUUCCACCCUCGCCACCCUCGUCCAACAAGACCAGUCCGACGGCGACGGCUAUGGCUACAGACUCAUCUCGGCCCACAGAAACCACAAAUCCAGCGAUCUCCUCACCGCCGAACUCCGGCUCAUACGUCAAUCCAGCUAUGGGUUCGACAUCGAGAAACUACGCUUCAUAGCAAGCUUUGAAACGAAAGACCGGCUGCGAAUCCGCAUCACCGACGCCGACCAGCCGAGAUGGGAAGUCCCGCCGGAAGUCAUCCCACGUCAGACGCCUCCAAACGAAGCCAGCAGAGGGGCAACCAAGAGCCGCGUACUCUCCCCAGCUGGCUCCGACCUCAUCUUAACAAUCACCAAUUCCAUCCCCUUCGCCUUCGCAGUCACCCGCCGCUCCUCCGGUGAGGUUCUCUUCAGCACCGAAGGACACAGCCUCGUCUUCAAAGAUCGCUACUUGGAGAUCUCGUCGUCUCUGCCCGGCGAAAAAGCCAAUCUUUACGGCCUCGGCGAGCACACCAAGUCCUCUUUCCGUCUUGUUCCCGGCGAGAAGUUAACGCUUUGGAACGCCGACAUCGCGGCAAUGAAUCCAAAUGUGAACCUUUAUGGGUCUCAUCCUUUCUACAUGGACGUGAGAUCGCCGACGGGAGCCGCUCACGGCGUUCUGUUGCUUAACAGCAAUGGGAUGGAUGUGCUUUAUAGUGGGAGUCUUAUUACUUAUAAAGUGAUUGGCGGUGUCUUGGAUUUCUACUUCUUCGCCGGACCGACGCCGGUGGCUGUUAUGGAUCAGUACACGAAGCUCAUCGGAAGGCCGGCCCCGAUGCCUUACUGGUCUUUUGGAUUUCACCAAUGUCGCUAUGGCUACAAGAACUACUCUGAGCUGGUAGAAGUCGCCACCGGCUACGAAGAGGCUCAAAUCCCUCUCUCCGUCAUGUGGACCGACAUUGAUUACAUGGAUGGAUUCAAAGACUUCACCCUCGAUCCCGUUAAUUUCCCCGUUGAAAAGAUGAAGAAUUUCGUCCAACGGCUCCACGAGAAUGGGCAGAAGUACGUCGUCAUCGUCGACCCAGGUAUCAGCGUGAACACCACAUACGCGACAUUCCAGAGAGGAAUGAAAGAUGAAGUUUUUAUUAAAUGGAAUGGAACUAACUAUCUCGGCAAAGUAUGGCCUGGGCCGGUCUACUAUCCCGACUUCCUGAACCCAGCCACAUCUGAAUUCUGGAGCAAGGAGAUCUCCAUCUUUCGCAAAACUUUGCAUUUUGAUGGUCUCUGGAUAGACAUGAACGAAUUGUCAAACUUCAUUACUUCCCCUCCGAUCACAGAUUUGGACAACCCUCCUUACAAAAUCAACAACGGUGGCGUCCAGCGACCAAUAGGUAGCAACACAGUGCCGGCCUCUGCCUUGCACUUUGGAGGCCAAACGGAGUACAACGUUCAUAACUUGUAUGGAUUUCUGGAAUCUAAAGCAACACAUGAUGCGUUGAUGAGGGAGACGGGGAAGAGGCCUUUCGUGCUGUCGCGAUCAACGUUUGUUGGAUCGGGGAAGUAUACGGCGCAUUGGAGUGGUGAUAAUGCUGCGACAUGGGAGGAUCUUGCUUACUCUAUUCCUUCCAUUUUGAACUCCGGAUUGUUUGGAAUACCGAUGGUAGGAGCUGAUAUUUGUGGCUUCAAUGGUAAUACAACAGAGGAGCUUUGCAAUCGGUGGAUUCAGUUAGGCGCGUUAUAUCCUUUUGCAAGAGACCAUUCAGAUAAGAACUCAAUCAGGCAGGAGCUUUAUCUCUGGAAGUCUGUAACUGAAUCUGCAAAGAAUGUUCUUGGGUUGAGAUAUCGUCUCCUCCCUUACUACUACACGCUAAUGUACAAAGCUCAUCAGAAGGGUACCCCAAUUGCAAGGCCAUUGUUCUUCUCCUUCCCUGAAGAUCCCAAUACUUACGGAAUCAGCACACAAUUCCUAGUCGGAGAAGCACUCUUGGUUUCACCCAUCUUAAAACAAGGAGAAACCUCAGUGGAAGCUUACUUCCCCAAAGGAAGGUGGUUCAGCCUCUUCAACCUCUUUCAUAUAGUAGAAGCCACUUAUGGGAAAAGGGUGACACUUCAGGCCCCAAAUGAUGCCAUUAAUGUUCAUGCCCGAGGAGGGAACAUUCUGAUCCUGCAGGAAAGACUGGAUGUUACUUUGGAGAAAGAGAGAUUGUUUGGGAUCUUAGUGGUGCUUGAUGAAGAAGGAACAGCUAGAGGAGAAGUUUUCUUGGAUGAUGGUGAGGUGGUGAAGAUGGGAGGGAAGAAGAGUGAGUGGGCUCUGAUUAGGUUUACAUGCGAAGCUAAAGAUGGGAAGGUGAAGCUGAAGUCCCAAGUUGUGAAUGGCAGUUAUGCAACAGAGACGAUGUUAGUGAAUGAUAUAGUUUUUGUUGGGCUGAGGAAGUCAAAUUCCGGUGUUGUUACAUAUGAUCUGAAGCAAAAGAAAUCGGGUUCGAAGAUCUUUGAAGGUAAUGCGAACUAUAAUUCACAUGAAAAUUUUGGUUUCGUGCAAGUCAAUGACAUAUCACAACCUAUUGGAGAAGCUUUUGAGUUGCAACUCAAUAUGUGAGUGGGUGGAGCGGCUAAAAAGAAAAUGACAGAGCCGUUGUUAUUUUAAAAUGUUGUGGUUGUCUUUGAAUUUGUAGUGUGAGAAUAAGAUAUUUACGCAGCUCGUCUUGAUUUGUUGGUUGAGAGAUUUGACUAUCAAUCAAGAAGUCUCGGAUUCAACGAUUGCGUAAAAAAAUAAUUAGAUUUUGAGUUUCAUAAAUGUAUUACUUUCUGCUUCCACUAUUGAUCAUCAUCACAAAUUAUCUAUUGGCCAUUUGGCCCAAUUGUGGUUUGGAUGGGUCAAUCAAAUCGGUACAAGAGCAAGAACAUUUACUCACUUUUUGCUAAUGCAAGGGAGAAAUUUA